AUGGCGCAACUUUUGGUGAGCUCGUCCGCCGGGGCCAUGGGCUCCGUCCUUGGAAAGUUGGGAACCAUGUUAAGUGAUGAAUACAAGUUGCUAAAGGGCGUUCAUGAUGACAUCAAGUUCUUCAAAGAUGAGCUCGAAGCCAUGCAAGGAUUUCUCCUGAUGAUGGCUGAUGUGGAGAAACCUGACCAACAAGCUAAGGUUCGUGCGAAUGCUGUGCGAGAGAUGUCCUACGAGAUUGAGGACACCAUCGACAAGUUUAUGCUACUCGGGGAAUCAGAUGAUUCUAGUUCUAUGUUUGAUGGCUUUGGGAAGGUUUGCAAGAAAAUCAUGAAAAAGAUAGCAGACAUCAAGACCUGCCAUAAGAUCGCCAAGGACAUUCAUGAUAUCAAGACCCAAGUUAAGGAGAUCAGCAAGAGAUACGCAAGGUACAUGGUCAAUGAGCCUUCAAGAUCAAAAAAUGAAAAUUUUGACCCUCGAAUUCGCGCCAUUUAUAAGGAUGCAUCAGAUCUUAUUGGUGUCGAUGGCCCGCGAGAUGAGAUUGUGAAGUGGUUGUGCAACAGAGAUGGUGAAUCAACAUGUCAACUAAAAAUUGUCUCUAUUGGUGGAUAUGGAGGGAUAGGCAAGACAACUCUCGCCAGACAGGUCUAUGACAAGCUUAGAACAAACUAUGAAUGUCGGGCUUUUGUAUCAAUUUCCCGAAGUCCUGAUAUGACCAAGAUUUUUAGUUCUAUAUUAUCUCAACUCCGCAACCAAGAAUUUGCUCAACCAGGGGAUCUACAUCUAACCAUUGAGCUGAUCAGGACGUUUCUACAACAUAAAAGGUACUUUAUCAUAAUUGAUGAUGUAUGGGACAUACAUACAUGGCAAGGUUUGAAUUGUGCGCUAUUCAGGAAUGAUCGUGGUAGCGUAAUAAUGACAACAACCCGUAUAUAUGAUGUGGCUAAGUCAUGUUGUCUUUCUUAUGGGGACCAUCUUGUGUACAAAAUCCAACCACUUGGUGUUCCUGACUCGAAGAAGUUAUUUUUCAAGCGAAUAUUUGGUUGUGAAGAGAAGUGCCCAUCUAAUUUGAAACAAGUCUCAGAAGAUAUCUUAAAGAAAUGUGGUGGUUUACCACUGGCCAUCAACACCAUAUCUAGCUUGUUGGCUACUGGGAAAAAGGAAGAAGAGUGGUAUAGUGUUCGAAGUUCUAUCGGCUUUGCACAAGGCACAAAUUAUGACAUUAAUACCAUGAAUUACAUAUUAUCGCUGAGCUACUAUGACCAUCCCCUCUGUCUAAGAAGUUGCCUAUUAUAUUUGACUAUGUUUCCUGAAGAUUAUGAUAUUGAAAUGGAGCGAUUAGUGCACAGAUGGAUUUCUGAGGGUUUCAUCCAUGGCGAAGAUGGGAAAGAUCUUUUUGAGAUAGGAGAGACAUAUUUCCUUGAGCUUGUUAAUAGAAGUUUAAUACAACCGAUACACAUAAGUUAUGAUGGGGCAUCCUCUUGCCGAGUCCAUGAUACUAUUCUUGAUUUCCUUAUUUACAAGUCUACCGAAGAGAACUUUUGUAUGUUGUUAAGCAAUCAUUCGAAGUCGGUUAGCAGAGUUCGUCGUCUCUCUCUUAUGGGAAAUGAAGAUCAAGAAAGCGUGGAAAAAUUGGAUUUGUCACAUGUUAGAUCACUUGGUUCUUUUGGGUAUCACCUGGAAUACUUGCCUUCCCUUGCGAAGUUAAAUGCUCUCCGUGUGCUGGACCUGUGCAGUUGUAAUGGGCUGAGGAAUUAUCAUCUCAAAUACAUCGGAAGGCUUUUCCAGUUGAGGUACUUGAACAUCUCUCUCACAAACAUAACCGAGCUUCCUAGAGAAAUUGGAUAUUUGGAGUAUUUAGAGACGCUAGAUGCGUCAGGGGCGGAAUUAAAUGAGCUUCCUGAAUCGGUUACUCGGCUAAAACGACUAGCACGUCUUUUUGUUCCAAAGCAAACUAAAUUGCCUGAUGCUGUUGGAAACAUGGAGAACUUGCAAGAGUUUGGGUAUAGUAUAAACACCUUCGUGCAGUCAGUGAAGUUUCUAGAAGAGCUUGGCAAACUAACAAAUCUUAGGAAAUUGAGCAUUCAAUGGGACACCCAUGAACUCGAAGAAGCCAGUUGCAAGGGAGAAAAACUAGUGUCCUCCCUCUGUAAAAUGGACGAAUGCAAGCUUCGCAACCUCCACAUUUUACUGUAUCUGAGAGAAGGUGAUGGCUUCGUAGGACAUCCAUCCAUCCCAGCUCUCAAUAGCAUCCGGAGCAUUACACUUGGCUGUGGGCGAAUCUCUUGGAUUGCCCAAUGGUUGAUUUCACUUACCAACCUAGAACUAUUAGUCGUCAAUGGUGCAGAGAUGGAGCAGCAGGAUGUUAACAUGGUUGGAAGUAUACCUACUUUGCUCGAAUUCAGACUGUUAAUCAACAGCACCGGGCUCACCAUCAAUGGCGGGGGAUUUCAGCAGCUACAGAAGCUUGUGUUCAACGUCUCUACUACAGAGUUGAUGUUUGAGGUGGGGGCUAUGCCGAAUCUCAAAGAUCUUUUCCUUGGUAUUCAGUUAUGUAACUACAGAUCUUCAGCUACAGGUGGUGGCUUUGGUAACUUUGGCAUCCAACACCUCUCUAGCCUUGAUAGGAUCCAUGUCAAGAUAGAUUGCCGCGAUGGUAGGGCUGCAGAUUUGAAGGCUUCGAAGGUUGUUUUCAAGAGCAUGGCCGACGCGCACCCCAACCGUCCAACGCUGGAAAUGGACAUAGUAUUCACUGACAUGCUGCAGAAUGAGAAAUACAAGCACGUUGCAUAG